AUGAAUUAUUGGGUGAUUUGUGAGUUUCGACAUUGCAGAUGAGAUGAGAUGCGCAGUUCCUUUCAGGCCUCACUGUUAUUGUAUGGUUUUUACUGUGUCCUAAGACCAUGUCCGCCAACUAUGGUGACAAUGAAGAAGAAAGUUCUGAUUCGGAUUCUGAUUUUGAUCCUGAUUCUGAGAUGGGGGACUGUCCUUGUCCUGAAGAGAGAUAUGAAGCGGAACAGCAAAGCGGGAUCAUCAAAUCUCCAAACUACCCGAGUUUCGAUGGUUGCACCGGCAAAUGUAUCUAUACUGUAAGCAACUGACAGAUAGGUUUUCAGCUCAAUUUUUGACUUUUUUUUCUAGAUUAUGCCUGAUCCAAACAGCGCCAUCACUCUUUAUGCGGAACAGUACGAAGUUUCGAAAUAUGCGACCCUUGAGAUUUACAGUCUUUUGAUCGAAGAUGGUAUUAGAAUAUUGAUUCCACACGCCAAGUAAGAUGCAUUUAUGACGUUAUUCAAUGACAUUUUUAUACUUUUUGUCAGAAUAAGACGUCCAUCCUCUUAUUAUUACUCCUCUGCGGAACAAACUUUCCCGACAUUCAUUUCUGCCAAGAACGCUGGUUUCCAAAUCCAUUUCGUUAGUUCUGAGAGCGCAUACACAAGCUUUAAAAUCUCAUUCGAUCGAUAUUACAGUAAUUGCUAGGAAUUUAUUUAAAAGAAACUAUGAAAAGAAUUGCAGGCGAGGAUGUUUGCGACUACCCGAUUGUGGAUAUUGGCAAAGAAGAAACUGUCGUUCAACGGGACCACUUUUUCUCAUCAGCUUCAGGUUAGUUUAGUAUUUGCGACUUCAAAUUCUGACAAUCUCACGUGAAUCGAAUUCAUCUUUGCCGCAACAAUAGUUGUUUCACGGCGACCGAAAACGAAGAAGGGGGCGUGGCCUAGCGUGCACGGUUUAUCACCAUUUUGGCGCAAAAUUCGAAAUUUAACCCAAUUUUUCAUGUUUUUCGUCAAAAGUUACCCAAAUUUUGUACGAUUUCGACGAUGUAAUUGCAUAACUUUGUCAAACUUAUCAUCGCGCACUUUUUGAGCUUAAAACGAGCAGGUUUCAUUCAGAAAUGAAUCAAUUGAAUCGAUUUUAAGUUUUGUGCUGAAAAUGCGCGAAUUUCAGUCAUUCGCCGAUACUUUUUGCCGUUUGAACGCUUAAAAUACUUUUAUUAACGUGCUUCAUCAGUUCCGACACUCACUUCGUCUCAAAACUAUCCAGAUCGGCCGGUAUGAAAAUUCCGAAAUUGCGGCGGCGAUUGGCCGCGGAGAGCGUAUUGCGAAAUAUGCCAAAAACGUCUCAAACGCGGCGUUUUCACGAAAAUUUCGAUGUUUUCUCUCUUUAAUGUCUUCUUUCGUCGAUAUCAAACACAAAAAUAUCGGAAAAGUGCUGGAAUUGCGGCAAUUUUCAGAAAACGCGUCUCAGAUUAGGCCACGCCCCUUUCUACACUUUUGGUCGCCGUGUGUUUCAUGAAAACAUGUUGAAUUUACAGGAUGUAUAUAUUACCUGAGACCGAGAAAGUCUGAAAUAGAUACAGACGAGGAUGAGUUCAUGAUCACAAUUGCGGGAAGUGUUGAAAACGAUAUUUCCGUGAGAGCUCCGGGAACGGAUGGGAACAUGAAAUCUGAACAGCCGUAUGUUUUGCCCAGUUCUCUGUUUGUACACAUGUGCACUCUUGAUGUUUGAGGUCGAACAAAGCAAGGGUGGUCACGGAAAGCACCGAUAAGGUGUACAUGUUAUCUCACAAAACAUCCAGAACUGAUGGUGUUUAUAAAAUGGGAAAAGUGACUGCAAAACUCAUUGGGAGAUGUGAGAAAACAAAGCAGCAAAACUGCAAUGUUAUGAAAUUUGAUUCCAGCCUGCAAAUGUGGAGCGGAGAAUGAACCAAUCACCGGCAAUAUCACUCAUGUGUCAGUCCGGUCGCCUGGAUUUCCAGAUCUACACUGUCCAAACAUUGCGUGUGAAACAAAAGUUUUGCCCUUGACUACACAAUAUUUUGAAUCAGACCUUGGUCUUCUGGAAAUCACGAUCAGAGCGUCAUUAGCCAAUAGAGAUAAACUGAGAAUAACGAGUGAGGCAAAAACAAUGUUUGAGUGAGCGUUCCCUCCCUAAAAAUGAGAAUCUCUUCUUAAAAUAACACAUUCAGAGCUGACGAAUACUAUGCUAAAAGUGAAAAUUUCGACGAGCAUUUUGUGAUCAAACAACAAAAUGUUGACAUCAUCUAUGAAGCAGGAAAUUCUUUGAGCAGACGAUUUUUCGAAGUGAACGUGACCCGCGUGACCACUUAUCCGGGUAUGUUGAACAGAUGAACAGACUAUUUCUCGGAUUCAUGCGACUUUUCAGAAUGCUCGUGCAACUUUUUCAAAGACAAAGAGAUCACCGAAGAGUCUGAAGGCGAGAUUGUGUUUCCGAGUAUUUGCACAUACAUUUACUGCCACUAUACAUUCAAAAUUACAGUAUUUUUCAACAUGAAACGUUGGUUUUCAAAUAAUUCUUUUAGAGUGGUUACGAUGAUCGAUAUGCUGUUGAAUUCUCCGUUGAAGACGCUGCAGAUGACGACAAAGUUACUAUAAUUGACUCGAGUCACACCGAAACGUGAAUAACGACUUUGAGGGGUUAGAAAAUGUAUAAUUUUUCAGGUACGAUGGAACUAUGUUACGUCGGACGACUUUAUUCGAGACUACAAACUACGCCGACUUCACUUUUCAUCGACGACACGUUACUUCGAAUGUGAGACCGACUUUGCGCUACAAGUUCUACAAAAACGGCCGUGGUCAGUUUCAGUGUGCCCGGAAAAUUCUAAUUAUAACAUUUUAGGAAAAGAUUGUGAUGGUAAGACACUCGAAAGGACAGUUUUGCCGUCGGAAGAAGUGGUUAUCACAAGUCCUGGAUAUCCUCAGUACUACUCCAAUGAUCAGACAUGCUUUUUCCUAAUUUCUUCCCCGGAAGGGUCAGUUUACGGUGUGCUGAAUCUAUCAUGACAGGGACAUUUCAGAAAUCGGAUCGCUCUGAGCAUUGACGAAAUCAGCGUCGAAAACUUUCACGACCACAUCAAAAUCUACAAGGGAAACACAACUGACUCCGAACUUUUGGCCACGUGAGUUAGGACUAGAACUUCAAUUGAUCAGAUUCCGAUUCAGGUUCACGGCUCAUGUGAGUCGCAAAGUGGUCAAUGUUUCCUCCGGCCCAGUGCUCAUUGUGUUCCAAACUGACAGAAGUACGAGCGACAGAGGAUUCCACAUAACCGCUUCCGCUCAUCCAAUUCCCGUGAUCUACGAUGAAUCCGCAAUCGAGUUAAAGAUGGCCCUCGGAGGUCUCUGUCUACUUCUGCUUACGCUCUUCGCAAUUGCAGUUUAUGUCUUUGUGCAUCUAAAGAAGAAGCAAGCGGAAAAGAACAAAAAGAAGAAGGACGAGGCAGACACGAGAACUGACAUAAGUCUGAUAGACGGGUGAGGGGAACGGAACGGGGAGAACUAUGAACGUUUUCUGCAUCCUUACAGAUCCAUCAUCACUGUACCGAAUGAGCAAAGAACUGAGCAAAGAAUUUCUAACUUGGACUACAUUUUCAACUGA